UUCUUGGUUAGUUGUGUUAGCACAUACCUACGUUUUAUGUCUUUAAGUUAGCAAGACAUUAAAAAUGUGUUAAAUUCGGUAAUAUGAGAUAUAACGUUAAGGUAAAAUGUGGGUUUAAAUUUUAUAUAUAUAUAUAUUACUAAAAAAGAAGCCUCUACCUUCUGCAUAUUAAUCCACGUUCCGAGAGAAAGGAAACUGAACCGGGAGGCAAAUGAGCUAUCCACUUUACCACUGUCAUCUCAUGGCAUCAAAACAGCUAGUACAGUGGGUGUAGAACAACAUUAAAAAUGUUCAACUGCAAUUUUGAUUAUGUGGAUGCAGUGGUUGAUGAGAUUGCUCUGGAAGGCUUGGAUGGCAUUACUUUGGAAGCAUUGUGGGUGAGAUUAUCACAACGACCGAAUUUCGUGCUUGCGCUGGACGAUGCAUCCAAGAGCUUCAUCUGGGACUUUGUCCGGCGUGUAGAAGGCAUGAAUAUGUAUAAACUACCCACGCCAAGGAAACCACUAGUCAUAUUCAACCGUUAUGAGUUUAUGGAUAAAGAAUUGGGAAUGGUUUUGGAACCGGAUGAGAUACCGGAAGAUCCGUACCCUCACUGUGCAGUUGAAGACACCAAGAACAAUGUUCGUGGUUCCUGUUCCACAUAUUACACUCGAGUUGACGUCACGAGUGAAGCUGUUGGUCUCAGCCUUCGAGAAGUAGACCAGAACCCUGACUGCUGCAGGUGGGGGCUCGGCCUGGUGGUGGUCGCCAGCCAGGCCCUGCGCAACGCCAAGCUGAUGGGGCAGACCACCAACCCCCGCCUCGACAUCCUGCUGCUGCAGUACUGCUUGCUGGAGCGCGUCGGCCGCUCGCGCUACAUGGGCGAGGUGACGCAGGGCAAGACCAGCCUGCAGAAGAUGAGCGAGGACCCCAAGACGCUCUUCUACUACCGCAAGUUCCUGCUGCACCACCGGCUCAUCGUCAAGCAGGUGCACCACGAGAAGAUCGCGGGGCACAACUGCAGCGGCAGCCUCCUGCACCUGCCGCGGUUCCACGUGGAGCGCAAGCCCAAGAUCCUGUUCCUCACGGAGAAGGUGGUCACGUUCCUGAAGAGCCAGCCGCAGCAGCUCGCCGAGUACUCGCAGGUGCGGGAGCUGCUCGGCUUCACCAACAGCUUCAGGAACCCGCUGAAGAGACUGCUGAAGACGUUCGACUUCCAGCGCUACGUCAAGGCGGACAUGGUUGUGCCAUAUCGGCAGUUAUAUCCAGAUGCAAGCGUAUCUGAGUGGAAGCAUAAAGGCAGUGACAAGGAGAAGAAUGUCAGAGUGUUAAAACUUUUGGAUCCAGGCAUGGAUAUCCAAGAAAUAUGGUCCAAGUAUGAGGAAAACAUGUAUGAAGAAGAUGAGGAUGAUGAGAACGCUGGAUUGCUGGACCUCAAGAACCUGUACAUGGACCAGGCCCUGCUCUCGCAGGUGUUCAGCGUGGUGGACCGGGCGGGCCCCAAGGGCCUCAGCCAGAUAGAGCUGGGCCAGGCCAUGGGGCUCACCAAGCUGCAGGCGAGGGGCACCCUCCGCAACCUGCUCAAGAGGGGGCUCGUCUCCAUCUACAUGAACGACGUGGGCCGCCAGAGGGUGUCCAGGUACGUCUCCCUCCGCUAUGAAAAGGAGAGUAUCUUAAGCGUGCAGUUCGCUCGGGAGAAGGAUCGAAUGCUGACCCUGCUGAGCGACCGGCCGUCGACCGGCGGGAGGAAACGGGCGGCGGAGGACGACGGCAAGUCGGCCCCGGCUCUCCCCAGGGCGAAGCGGAAGAAGCAGCAGCAGCCCAAGAAGCCGACCGUCAACAGCGUGCUGGCUCGCCUGGGGCUGGUGCAGCCGAGGGUUGCGUCGCCCACCUCCGACGAGGAGGGGAGCGAGGUGGCUGCCGUCAGUCGGGGCGGGAGGGACGAGCCGGGGGAGCGCUCGGCGAUCUGCGGCGACGCCGUCGCGUCCACUUCGACCGCGACCGUGGAGGGAAGCGUCCCGGAAGAGAAAGCGGAUAGAAUUGCCGAUGACCAGUCGGUUGCUGGGAGCAGCAAGUCCUGGCAAAAUGAAACUACAUCAGGCUUCGUCGAAGAUUUGAAGAAUUUGGAUCAGAUCCAGGAGAGUCUAUCCAUCACAUAUCGCAUUCUGAAGAGAGCCAAUCUCAUCGUUGAAACUGUCCGAAGCCACAAAGUAAUUUAUGAUCUUCAUAAGCUCAUGAAGUUGAUCUACGAUGAAGAAGUAAAGGAAGGGUACAAUGUCAGGAUAGAUAAGAAGUCACUACUGCGAUUGCUACUGAAACUGGCACGUGAUGGAAACAUCAAGAUCUUCAAGGUGUACCUGAAAACUGAUACGAAAGAAAAAGUACUGAGUUUUGUUUGUGAUCCUACUAUUUGUGCUGACCACACAGUGAUCCAGUCAGCUGUAGAGCAGGCCAAAAUGAAGUUCUUCAUCCCACCAAUCCGCAAACCUGUUAAGAUCCCGACAGAUGAGCUGCCAAAAGUGGAGGACCUCAGCAAGGAAAAUAAAUUCAGUUUUGAAUCUGCAUCCAUAUCGGAGAGCAUGAAGGAGCUGAAGUCUAUCUGCGGGAAGAGCAAAGAGAAGUCGCCACAGUAUCAGUACAGUAAGAGGAUGGGCAGGCUUUACGGCUUGUGUCCGAAGUUUGUACGCAUGAAGAAGUUCCACCAGUUCUUGUUCUACCUCAUCUAUGCGUAUGAAGGGGACCCGAACUUGGACCGGCAGACUGCCUUGAGAAAGCUGGCGGAGAAGGACUGUGAACUGGAUGACAGUGUCGCUCAGGAAGCAGCCACCAUCUAUUACCCAGAAGCCCACUGGAAGAUGUUUGUCGCACCGUUGCCAGUGCAUGAGGAUUGGCCGCAGGGCUGGGCCAUAAUGUGCGACCUAUUGCUCCGCCUGCCCCUGUCGCUGUUCGUGGAGAUCUUCAACAUCACGUACGUCGUGCCCAACAUGGAGGAGUAUCUGGAGCACCCCGUCAGGCGUCACUACCUCCUCAAGUUCCUGCCCUUGGAGAUGCGCAACGUCAUGAUGGUCGCCCGCAAGUACAUCUUCAGCAUCCACGAGAUUGCCCAGCAUCUGUGCUACGCCGGGCUGCUGCAGUUCGGACCCCAGCGUCUCAAGGAUAAGGAUCAGGUGUUUGUGUACCUGAACCGCAGGACAACCUUGAUUGACACCACGUUCUCCCGGCAAGGCUAUCACCAGGUUUCCGAUGACGUCGAUUACCCGGUGACGAAGUACGAGUUCACCUCCAUGUCCGAUGUUGACAACUACUGGUACGACCUGUGGAACAUCUGCGUGCACACGCAGCUAGGUGGGCGGAUGUGCAUGAUGGGCAAAGACAUUGUGCUGGAGGUGCUGCAGCACAAGCAGAUCAUGGUCGAUGCCCUCAAGGCCAGGACCCCGGAGGAAGCUGCUGCGAACGACACGGGGACCGUCCCCGGGGACAGGCGAGGAGCCGCCGGCCUGGAUUCGGCCCUGUUUGCGCACUUAAAGCGCAACUGGAGUUGGACAAACCAAAAUUUUACCGGACCGUAUGUCUACAACGCACCAAGCAGCAUAGCCUUCAAUAAGAAGCUGACUGAACUGAAAAGUGCAAGGCUGGCAACCCUGAAGACUGAUAUAUUAAAGUCUGAAAUUUUCCAGUCAUUGAUCAAGAAAGAUCCCAUUGACCCCAGUGCGACAUCGUUCACGUCCAUCAUAAAAAAGAGGCCACCGAUGGGGAAGAAAGGCGAGAAGAAGUCGAAGCCAGGGCGUGAGGUGCCUCAGAAGAAGAUGAAGGCUCGGAAGAUGGAGAUCGUUAGGACUGUCACGCAACCAAUGCCAAAACGUCCACGCCGACCUUUCUACGAUGACGUGGACCAGCGUGCUCUGGGACGGAUGAAUAAGCUCCGUGUGGAGUGGUUACCAGAAGAGGACAACCUUUUGCUGCUGUGCAAGGUCGCAUCCGUGUAUCUCUGCUCCAACCAAAAGCAGCACACAAUCACAUUCCCCAUGGUGCGAGACAUCCUGCACAAGAAGAACCCGAAAUACAAGAACAAGACGUCACGGUCCUGUCAAAGACGCAUCCUCUAUGUGAUGAAGAACGUGUCUACAGCCUACAAUGUUGCCCUUCACCUGGAAGAGAUGUCACAGGAUCCUGAAAUAUCCAGUCAGUUCAAGAACGCUCUCGGGAAGCUGCGAGCAGAAGAACUGAAAGAGGAGGAAUUUGAAGCAAAGGUGUUUGAGAAGUUCGAAGCUCUUGUGGAGUUGUUGGAGCAGAAGUCCUGCAGAGAUGGAUACAUGAGGAGUGGCUCUUCAGAGCUCGUCAUCAUCCCAGACACGGUGGAAGCCUUCAGGAAUGAGUGUGAAGUUACUUAUCCGCGAACCUCAUUAAAGAAGCGGAUUAGUUUUCUCGAGGUCAAGAACAUAGUGGAUAUUUGUUGUGCUGUCAUGAACGCAGUGAUUCACAGCUCGCUGUGCUGCAUGCUGGACCAGUGCUCGGACACCUUCCAGCUGUUCCAAGUGUACCAGCAGUACCCGGACAACCUGCUGCGCUCCGUCAUCGCCCGCCUCCACUCCAACCAGAUGGUGUCCUUGAAGAAGAGGAUCUCGCGCCGCCUUCACCGCACCAACCACUACAUACCCAUCUCCUCCCUGCCCUACCAGCUGUCCAUCAGCUACGUGAACCUGCUGCAGACCAAGUACCAGUUUGAAGUGUUCCACGAGUCGUACGAGAUGUUGGAGAAGAUGCACGAGUGUAUGGGACAGAGAGGUGACGACAAGGGGAUGGAGGUGGGCAACUUGGAUGGAGGUCGCACCGCGGCCUUCGUGGAGCUGUUCGUCACUGGCAAGGUAACAUUCGAAUUGGAGGUACCAGACCAGAUCAUUGUUUUGGAUCCAAGGAUAUCGGAUAAAGAUGAAACCUUCGCACGUAUUGUCCAGCGGUACCACGACGUGGUCACCAGCACGGGGCGGUCGGCCUCCUUGAAGAAGCUCUACGGGGGCGCGUCGGCCAGCGCCGCGGGGGCCCCCGGGACCCCGGGCGACUCCGACUCCGACCCCGACGUGCCGGACGCCUUCGACAGGCCCGUCGAGGACGUCUCCAUCGUGCACCGCAACGUGAUCGCGCGCGCGGCGUCGCGCAUCGCGCUGUACCUGCUGCGCGAGGAGGACUCCCAGGGCAGGCUGGCGGACGAGCUGCAGCACGCGCACGACUUCUUCGUCCUGAACUCGUGCAAGGUGUUCUGCCGGCCCGCCCCGGGCGCGGGGUUGCACCCGAUCUCCCGGCAGAAAUCCGACACUGUUGUCGACGACAUCAAAAGGACCAUGGUAUUCAAUGAUAAUAUUCCCACAAACGAUGAGCUCCAUGAAAAAUGCAUCAACAUUGGUGGAAAUAGUGAGGACUGGGAAAAAAUCAAGAAUAUUUUGGAGUACGUUGGAAAGAAGAAAGAACUGGGGGUGACAUUGACUGAGCUGAAGGAAGAAUUUCCAAACAACGAAAACACGAUGCCCUUGUUGCGGGUGCUUCAACUGCUGAGCGAGAACCGAUUUCUCCUGCGAACGGGCGUUUGCAACGUACGUUACGUCUACCACCCGUUCCUCAAGCCGUGGUUGGUCAGGUCUUUCAGGACUAAGUUGACACACGACACCACAAUUUCGGCCGGUUCCGCACCACCGUCUGCCUCGGAGGUGACAGUUCCUGAAAGCUCAGGCGAUUGGCCAGCACCACCAGAAGAUGGCUCGGGAAACGAUACUGUCAUGAAAGAUAUCAGGCAAGUCGGAGAGAUGUCCACAGAAGGUGUUCUGCCCUCGGAGGGGAGUGAGCGUUGUGAAAGCCCUGUUCUGCCAAAGGACAUGAUCGUAGACCCUACUAUCUUGCCUGAUGAGAGUGCUGAGCCUGCUGUGGCUAGGCCCAAAGCCACCAAAGGCAAGACCAAAAUCACCAGAGAACAGGGAAGUGAGAACGGCCCUCAGCAAGAGAAUGCUGAAGACGUCGCAGUCGGUUGUAGCAGUAUGGGUGAAGGGAAGAAAGCCACAGAGGUUGGGCAGGCGAGCGAGCCUUGUGCGUCUGGCAGCGGGGACACUGAGAAACAAUACAGGGGAAGUUGGAAGAAGUGCAUGACAGCAAUGUUUCAGGAGUGCAUGGAUAACAAAGUUGUGGAUCAAAGCGACAGGGAGAGGAUCAAGGUGCAGGUGCGGCCGUGGGUGCGAAUCGACGGGACGCUGAACCGCCGGGUGCUGGACCGCAUGCUGGGAGCCGUGCUGGGCCACGCCAUGCGCAGUCCCGCCGACACCGUCGCCGGCUUCCUGCAGCGCUUCUCCCCGGCCCUGCAGCCCUUCCACGUGCGCGAGCUCAUAGAGGUGCUUGUGAAGUUGGGCUGCAUCAAACUGAAAGUACUGAAGUUAUCCUGGAAAGCAACACUUUUUUCCAAACCAUCUGUUGUCACUCUAGUUGAUGCUGAUGGAACGGAGAAUGACUCUGAUGUCAUUGUUGAGCCGGAACCAGAUGCAAUUUUGCGUUUGGGGACGUUCAUAGGAAAAAAAGAAUACCUUUCAGACUUCCUUUGUUGUUGAACUUGUGUUAAGUUUCGCAAGAAAAUCAAGACUCAUUAAUGGAUAUGACCAGCAUAUGCUUGAUCUCCAAGUUUUGUUGUAUGUAGAUAGCAUCUUCAACAUUCAGCUAAGAUUGAUAUGGAACUGCAACAAGAUAAUUACAGAAGUUUAAGGUGAAAUCUUAAUCUUGGCAAAGGAAACGAAAGACAUGAAGUUAAAAUGUGAUAUACAGUGGAAACUUGCUUUUACAAGUUUAUUAUUAAAGGCUGAAUUAUGAGCGUUUUGGACAACAUUAUCAGUUUAGCUAUCGAAACCAUAGAAAAUUUACAAGUGCAUUUCUACAUUUUUAGUGUCACUUUCAUAUUGUAAAGGAGCAAGCAUUAGUAAUAAUUAUUUUAGUUUUCAAAGUACAUGUAUAAAGAAGAAUGGGAACGAUGGAGGGUGGAAAGCAAUGCUGAAUGCUGAGGGGGAGCGGCCAGGAAUAGAAGAGGAAAAGGUAGGACUCUACAGCUAACACAGUGCUUUCCACCAGGUCUGUGCUAGUACUAGAUUUUUUUUGAUGCAAAGCGAAUAUUAAAUUGAAUGUUUAAAAUAUUCACAAAGUCGAAUUGAAUUGCAAAUAUUGUUCUCGGCAAAGCUGUAUUACACUUAUUUUUUACAUAACACAGGACUGAAGUAAAAAAAAUAAAUAAUUGUUUAACAUUUGCAAUAUUUGAACUGAUUAAGUGAUUAACCAAUUUGGCUCUAUUACUAUUAGUAACAUCAUUAAAUAAAAAGUAUAAAAUAACCAUGCAUUAUAUUACUAUUGAACAUUUAUAAAAGCAAACAUAGCAAAAACUAAAUAGUUACAAGAGCGAAUUUUAGGCUUCCACUGUUUUAAAGCUGUGCCACAAAUGCAAAUCUUCACAUCAUAUGGAAUCACAACCGAAGCUUCAAAUGAAACAAAUAGCAAAUUUUCUGGCAAAGUCAAACAGAAUAUUAAAAAGAGCUUCAAUUGAUUCCAUUAGUCGAAGCUUUGCACAAGCCUACUCUUCCCCACGCAUUCCAGAAUGUUGUCAUGUCUCAUCUGUCACACCCUUGCUGGAUCAGGCUGCAGUAAACACUAACGGUCAAAACUAGCACACAUGAUGCGGUUUAGCCACAGAAAGUGUGUAGAUUUUCAGAAUGUUUGGGAUUUGGAGCAGAGACAACAGAGGCAUUGUAGGUCACGUGGAGAUUUGUCGAUAAAGUGAAAAUGGUUUGGGUUACAGAAAAUGUAGUACAAUUUUUUUUUCUUCACAAUGCACCAUUCCCAAGAUGGAACGUAAAAUUUGAGAUACUUCUUGUAGGCUAGGAAAUCUAACUUGUGACUUGAUUAUUUUUUUUAUCAUUAUUUGGCUGUUACAGCAAAAUCAUUUGUCAUUAUCGGUUCUCUUAGUUGCAAGGUACCAUUAUCUCAUUGUGACAUUGUAAAGGAAAUUCCUUUAAGUCAGAAUAUACUCCAGGCAUUUGUUUUGCUUGUACGUUACCACCUAAAUAGUACUAAGAAGUAAAAAAAACAUUCAAUGAGGAAUACAAACAACACAAUGCACAGAAAAUGUUAAGUGACAAAAUACUGUUAAGUAUGAAUUGCACUAUUAAUUUUAGUAAAUAGGUAUGUACAAACAGCUAGUGUAAUUUUAUCACCUAACAUUGUUAUUCAGAGACUGUAAACUGGAAUUACUGAUUAAAUAAUUGUUCGUGGUUGUAUUUUUUUUCCAUGUGUGUAAUGUACUAUGUAUAGUUUGUAUAAGUGUAUUGAGUUUAUGUAUAAUUGUAUGUAAAAUAAAUACUUAAAGCAAUAUACAAUACUGACAUAAUGAAAAAAUAAUUGCAUUAUUAAUUAAUGAUUGUUUAGUAGUUUCCUCCCCUUUAAAAUUGCCAUAGAAUCACCUGGAGGGAUGUGGAAAUUUACGUGGGGUUGGUGGCAUAAGGAGCAAUAUUAUUUACACAUUUGGCUUCAUUAAUUAGCAAUUAUCAGUAGUGCAACUCCGAACAGUUCACAAUACAUACUAAGAUCAAUCAAUCAAUACCCAUACACAAAUAUAGCUUAGUAUUUAUGAAGCCAAUUUUAAGUAGCACUACCAUGCUUAUAUACACUCAGUCUAAAAAAUAUUUUGGUUGCAUUUUAUGUGAAAAUUAGGGAAAUGAAGAUCAUCCACCACAUUAAAAAAAAAGAGUUGAGUUUACCUAUGCAUGUAAUAAAUUCUCUGUGCGUGUGAUAGAUGUCAAAUAAAAUACCCAAGAUGACAAUUCCAUUAUUAGAACAUAGUGAACAUAAUUUUUUAGUAACAAGUUUAUAAAACAAAGCACGUAUAACUCAGUACUCAUCAUAGAAGUGAAACUUCUUUGGCAAUUCAAACCUUGACUCAAGUAUAUUGUACGGGGUAAACAGCAGAGUGAGAGAGAGAUAAGACAUUUUUCUAAAUAAACAUGAAUUAACAAAAUUAUUAUUCACUUCAAAAUAAGCUCAAACCCCGUUGUAUUGCACUCUGCCCAAAUAGUACUCCUUAAAGUCAGAUGGCGUCAGGCACAGGCGACCCGCCUAUCCUUGCAGCACGGCAGGGUUCCACCUGAGCCGCACGCCACCACGUGGAGCCCGCUCAAGGUCAAAACAUUGAGUCCUAAGACAAGUUCUCUGCACCGCCCGAAACCUACUCUUCGUCCUUUUAGCGUCAGUAACAUUUCACAAGGUUUCACGAAGACGUUGCAUUAAAAUUCAGCCUUCAAAUUUUACUCCCUUCGUACCCAAACAAAUUUCACUUCAAAAUCUAGUACUGACAAGAAUGAGAUUCUUAAAUCUAGAUUGUAAAAAUCGUUAAGACGAUUGAUUCCGAUGCACAUGUCAAUUCUUACCUCUAUUCCCAGCUGCUAUCAGAUUCUGUAUCUUUGGUACACAAUAUUUGUAAUUGUAAGUUUAAAAUUAAUUAAGACAAUAAAUAUAUCAUGUGUCCCGUGACAGCUGAGAAAGUAAAACUAUUUUCUAAUAUAGCUUUAAAAUAAAACAAAUACAUAACAAAAAAAAACAUGGUUUUUAGUACAAACUGGUCUAUUUCAACAUUGUGUGUGCCCUACUCAUAACAGAAUAAAAUAACAUAAUGUGCAACUAGUCCAAACGAAAAUAUUUUCAAUAUUUCCACACUUCACUCGAUAUUGUAGCAAUUGGUAGAUGUAACAUUCGAAUUACUAGUAAAUCAGACAGUUUUAAACUACUUAAUAUGAUUUUCACUAUGUUGUAAGAUAAUUAUUGGAAUUUCAGUGUGCGUGUACAAUAGGAUGGCUGCACUCCUCGCAAUACCAAAUUCCAGGUUUUUUUCCAAGGUUCUUCAAAGCCUUCUCAUUUCAAUUUCAGGCUUUAAAAAAAACUUGUUUCUCAAAUUUUACAAUGAAAUAAAUUACUAUGUUGUAUUUUUACAGUCAAAUCAUAAAAAAGUAUUUCUCCUGAAAAUAAUUUGCAGCAUUUACAUGAUGCCUUUAAACAUGAGAACAUAAAUUAUUAAAAUAAUAACUUUAACAAAAUUCAAACAUUAUUACAGAUUUGGAGCAAAUAUCAGUUGAAUUAAAUUUUUCAGACACAACUCUUCACUUCUAACUCCGUGGUCAUUGGUUCAAAUAUUAUCUUGAACACAGGUUGCUUUUAAUUAUUUUUGGUAAGCUAUCUCCCACAAAGCCUUCUAACAAGAGUGGCAUGUAGUUUAGAGUGCAUGCUUACUGCUGUAAAAGAUGAAACUAGCUUUAAGUCUGGCACAUAUUGCAACAAUAAUGGAAAAAAAUUAGAGAAAAAACAUUUUUGCGUCAAUUAACAGUGCUGUAUGUUUUCAUGAAUGACUAAAUUAGUGUUUUCAACCCAUUGAAUUCCUUCAAUUUUAUGUGUUUUAAAUCACAUAUCACUGUAUGCCGUAGUUUAAAAUGUGCAUUGCAUUUGCAAUCAUUUAUGGUGAGUGAAAACUAGAGGGGAGGGGGGAACUGCACCCGAAGUGUAUUAUCUGACAUCAAAUGGCAGAGGGUGUGGUGGUCAAAGUGGCAAAAAAAAAAAAAAAAAA